CAGAGGGCAGGCGCUGCACCCCAACCAGUACUGUAUCGCAACCUCAACACCAACACACGCUGCACAAAUGCUCGACCCAAUACAGCUCGCACACAAACACUAUUACUACAUAUCACACUACCAGAUUGCAGCAGAUGUAAUCUGCUCGGACCCCAUCAGGCGAGACCAAGCUCGUGCUGCGGUCGAUUCGGUCGCAGGUCCCGGGACUCCUGGCGUUGCACCCCUAUUUGGUCCCACGCGUACUGUUAGAGAUGACGAAGUUGAUGGGAUAUUAGAGCAGUAUGACAGGGUGCUGGCAAUUGAGGCCAAAAGCUAUGACGACUUCUUGCAUCGCCUCCAGUAUGCCUUUGCCGCUGGCAUAUUUUUCUAUUCACACAAGGUCACGCCGGCGCUCAGACAUGAUGAAGAGCUUUUCAACAUGUACGACACCGAGAUGGGCAAGCUGAGUCAGAUUCUUCAUGAAGUCCAGCCAACAUCGGGCCUUGUCGAUCGACCUUAGGCAAUUGGCCUCCUUGGAAACACUCAUCUGCUGCUUGCAAAGCGCUUUAUCUUAUGCGCAUCAGGUUCCGAGCGAGCAUGGAAGGUCACAGAAUACAAGCUUACGGCAGUCAAUACAUCGUACAACAUCGUGUUCGAGGACGAUGCGACUAUUACUAUGCAGCUCGGAGAAAUCCAGCUAAUCGACAUGAUCAUGCAAAGUCAGCUCGUCAACGUCAACUGACAAUCACAUCAGUUCUUCUUCGUGUAUUAUUACUACUCCCAUUGGUGUGUUCAGGUGCCCUGCUUUUGUUUAGGUUCCCCUGCGUCACCGGCAUUUUUAUAAUAUGUUUGACAUUAUCAUAUCCUUAUGUUUAAGAUCUUGUACACAAAUGUAUCAUUUGGGCAGGUAGCAUGAUCUGAAAAGAUGUUCCGUAGAAAUGGUACUCACUCAGAACUAAGU